AUGAUACUUUCUGUUUUGUCGAGCUCUGCUUUAGUCUUUGGUUUAUUGGUUACACGUGCUAUAAAUUUUGUACAUUCCGUUUUGUUUCCCAUCCCAGUCUUUUGCAGCAUAGAAACCUUUUUCACUUACUUUUCGUCAUUUCCUAUUAUAAGGAAAUUGUCAAUGAAAUGGCAAUUCCUUUGGUUUUCUAUUUUCAGAUUCAUUUUUUCCAUUAUUAUGAUCAAAUUAUUCUUCUCAGUAGGUUACUUAUGCUUCGACGAUUUAACUCGUGCCAUUUCUCAAUUCUACCCGCCGAUAUCAGGAUUUAUGGGGGGGGGAAAUACGCCUAUGCCCCCUACAAACCCAUUCGACGAUUUUAUUAUUAGCAGCUAUUUUGAUAAUGAGCGCUCUAACGAUCAGCGGAGGGGUUCACCUUCCUGGUCGGAACAGUUGCCUGCGGAAAGUGGCCUUUACUUGAACCUCGAUGUAGAGAGUUCCGACUCUUUACGAGCGCGGAAUCUCCAAUUGGGGGAGGAUCUGGAGCGAAUCCAUGAAAUGGAACGGAACCUCCAGAACGAGAGGGAUCCCGACCGUCGUCGGGAAGGGGCCUCCCGCAUAGAUCGGGAGGUGCGCGAGCUGGAGCGAAAAAUUUCCCUCUGUCAAACCCGGGAUGCGGUUCGAGAUGAUCAACUGGACGUAUGGAGGGAGGGGCUUUAUGAGGAAUUAGCAACGCAAGGGGAGAAACAGGCCCGCCUUACGUUACUAAAUUCGUGGCUCAAGGUGAUCAUCCAUACACGGAAUCACCAACCCCCCAAAAACUAA